AUGAUGAUGGCGCAGCCAUUUCCUGCCCAUCAAGGGAUCCCGCAGCAUCCCGGUAUUCCCCCGGGUCACCCAUUGGCCCCUGGUCAGCACCCAAAUGCUCAUCCCGGUGCCGGAAUGGUACAGCAAGUACAUCCCGGAGUAUCAGCUCCGGGAGGCCCUCAGGUCACUCAGGGUGGACCAAUGAUGGGUGGGAUGCCACCAGGUGCUGGAACAACCGCGCCUGGCGGUCCUGUACAGGCUCAUGCUCUCUCUCAUCUGAACCCAGCGCAAGCGCAUCUGUUCCAACAACCACACUUUGCGCAACAAUUCGCCAAUAACCCUCAACUCAUGCAUCAACAACAGCAGCAACAACUCUUAAGACAGCGGAUGCUCUUUCAGCAACAGCAACAGCAACAACAGCAACGGCAUGGAGGGCUCCCCGUGUCAAUGCCGAAUGGUACGCAGCCAUUGAAUGCUGCUCAGCUGGCAGCCAUGCAGAAUCCUGGGAUGCGUCCGGUCAUCUCCCAAAUGCAACUUCAGCAGAUGCCUCAUGGACAGCCGCAGAAUAUACAACAACAGCAGCAUUUUCUGGCUAUGCAAGCCCAGCAGGCCCAACAGGCCCAACAGCAGCAAGCCCAGCAAGCACACCAGGCCCAACAACAAGUGCAACAGCAGACGCCUCAACCAGGCCAGCAGACUCCACAGCAGCGCCCAGCUCCUCAACCUCAAAAUGUACAUGAUGCCCAAAGUGUCACCCCUCAACCGCAGCCGAUGCCGCCGCCGCAUCAGGGAAGUGCCACCCCGCAGCCCACCCCUCAGCAACACCUACCUACGUCUCAGCCGCCGCAGCAGCCUGCCGUUCCGCAGCCGCAGCCAACGCCCAAUCCACCACCACAGCAAUUACCGCAAUCCCAGCAACCGGGUCAGCAGGGCCAGCAAGGCCAGCAGCAGCAACCGCAGCAGCCACAGCAACAAACCCAGCAACAGCCACAACAGCCACCGCAACCACAGCAGCCCCAGUCUCAACCGCAGCCGCAGCCACAGCAGGGUCAGCAGGGUCAACAACAGGGUCAACAACAGCAGCAGGGUCAGCAGCAGCAGGGACCGCCGAUGACAGCCCAGGAGGCUCAAUUGAAGGCGCAGCAACAGCAGAAUGCGAUGAUGAUGCAGCAACGGAUGAACAUGAAAGGGGCGACGAUACUAUGCCUUAAUACAUUUGCGGAACAGCUCAGUAAUUUCACGAGCCGCGGUGAGGCGCACGACUUGUUAUACUGGCAGUCUUUCGUGGAUAAAUUCUACUCCCCCUCUGGCGUUUUGCGACAAGGAGUAUGGAAUCCGCAGACCGGCUCUAAACAGUUCGAGAUCGCAACUCCUGCACUAGCGCGCUACUACCUAACCCAGUUCACAAGCGGAAUUCGUCACAUCCAAAUGGUUGUUGAAAAUGCGCGGGAGAGGGACUCGCCAAAUGGGGGUCAUAUAGUCGAAAGUCAAAAAACCUCAUUCAUUUAUUGGUUUGUCAACGAUACGCAGAUUUUUACCAACGGGAAAUUGAGGGCGCACUUCGAUAUGAACAACAAAAUUGAAAUGCUUGAUAUCGAGGUCACGAGUUAUACUGAGUACCUCCCUCGCAGCCAAUUGCAAGCAUUGGAGGCCGCCGACCAAAAACAAAGUCCGAAAGUCUCUAAGAAUAUGGGCAAGCGGGCUCAACAAAAACAGGCCCAACAGCCUGCCUUUACCUUGCCCGAAUCUAUGGUGACCGCCAAUGGUGUACCUUUUGCUGUAAUGAGCUUCUUAGAGGUCGCCGAAACAAUAUCUCAAAUGCAAUUGCUAUUCCAAUACUCCCAGCAGAACCCCCAACUUUCAGCCCCUGAGGCGCUGCGUAACCUCGUUAAUAGCCUGCCGACUCAAACGCCAACUCCCGGGUUUAUGCCAGCUCCGAUGAAUCCAGCUAUGCAGCCUGGGCAGAACCCGCGAGGCCCCAACAUGAAUGUACCCAACCAGUUUGCCUCUCCAGCCAUGGCGCACCUUGGUCUGCCGGGCGCCCAAGGGUCACCUCAUCUGGGCGGUUCGGCCCAUCCAAGCCCGGCGCAAAGCCACCUUGCUGGCCCUCCAGGUAUGGUGCCACAGGGUCAAAUGCAACCUAAUGUUGGCCAGGGCACGAGCGCUAGUGCUAGCCCGAAUGUUAGUCAUAAACGACGCCGGGCAAGUACGGUCAAGAUGGAAAACGAUGACGGCGCUCCGGAGGUUAACGGCACCGCUCCCCCGGGACCAAAGACGGUAAAAGCCAGCCCACGUGUGGGUGGUAAAAGACAGAAAGGCACUGCUAAUUAG